AUGAGUAAUAAUAACAAUAAAGAAGAUAUACUCGAAAACACUGUUGAUAAUGUGAAAGGGGAAAUGAAAGAAACAAACGUAAUAAAUGAAAUGUUAAGUGAUAAAAAAUGUCUACAUGAUUUAGAUCAUUCAAGAUCAAAUCAAAGCAGCAGUUUAAAUGAAAGUGAACUACGCACCACUAGUAGUAAUACAGUUACUAUAAGUUUUACUGAAAGUGACAGCACAAGUUCAUCUAGCAGUCGUGGUGAUACUAGUAACGGUGAUAAUAGUGAUGAAACAGAAUCAACUAGCUCCGACGAUGAUGAUGAGGAGGACGAGUCUGCUCAAUCAAAUCAAAUUGCCGAUUUUUCUGGUCAAGGUUUUACUACUGUCCCGUCAAUAAUCUUUCAUCUCAUUGUGUUCAUGCAAAUUGAUUGA